AUGAUCUCCACCUCCUUCAACCAGCCGCAUCUCCGUUUCCCCUCCUUAACUCACGAAAAGAACACCAACCAUCUUCGACCCAAUCGCAACCGAUUCAUACCCAGAAUCCGGAUCCCGCCGAAUUCAUCUCUCGAAUGCAAUUGCCGGCGGGAAAAUCGAUUCUCCGACCCGGGUCAGCAGGGGAAUAAUAAAAGGCCCGACCUUUCCGUUCGUUACGCCACCGCGGAGUGCCCCACCUCAGCGAUUUCCGAGUCCGGGCUCGUGGGCGACCGGCUCCGGGGCUUGGUUUCGGAGUUCGGGUCGUUGACGGAGCCGCUGGAUCGAGUCAGGCGGCUCCUCGACUAUGCGGGCCGGCUCCCGCCGUUUGACGAAUCGAGUCGGGUCGAAUCCAACCGGGUCGCGGGCUGCACGACCCAGGUCUGGCUGGAGGUCGAAUUGGACGAAGAGGGGAACGCGAGGUUUCGGGCGGACAGCGAUUCGGAGAUUACAAAAGGGUUUAUUUCGUGUUUGGUCUGGCUGCUCGACGGCGCGGCGCCGGAGGAAGUGGUGGCGGUGGAGGCGGAGGAUUUGGAAGUGAUGAACGUUGGGUUCAACGGGAGAACUCCGUCCAGGGUGAAGACGUGGCACAAUGUUUUGGCAGCUAUGCAGAAGAGGGCCUUGGCUUUGAGUAAUAAGAAGAAGAGGAAGAUGAAGAAGAAACCAUUGAUUGUACCGCCGAUUCUGCCUCUCAUCGUCGCGGCGGAGGCACUCGCCGGUAAUCUUCCCAAUUCCCAGGUAGUAGAUCACAUUUAG